AAGCCAAGUCCAGGCUCAGACCCGGACACGGCAUUCACUCGCACUGUCAAAGCUCUGAGGUACGUCGCCAAUCUUUCGGUGACUUAUCCAAUCGCCUCUCCAUACUCUUACCCUAUCAGUGCCGCGUCUGGUCAGUUCAAAUCACUCGCUUUCACACACUCCAGUUGCCUUUUACUGUAACGUCGCGAAGCUUUGGAACAAUGCAUUGGGAAUGGAGAACGUUGGGACCUUGUUGGCUUGUAGCUAGACUGCAACCAUGCAGUUUGAAUUUUUAUUAACGUUGAGACAGGUGACGGAGGAUGGGGAGUGGAGGUGGGGGACCUUGUGGAGAGUUGCGCCUGAAAGGUUAGAGAUGUUUUGAGAGGUUUGGGAAUGUGCAGAGAGGAAUUGGAGUGAAGAGUUAGUGUGUGGGUGUUGUUGGGAGAUGUGUGGGGUGCUGUAGUUUGAAGGGGGAUGACGAUUGGGUGGAUGGAAAUGUGGAGGGAUGGCGAGGUGGAGUUGUUUGAGGGCGAUGACCGACCCAGGGGUGUUUAUCAUCGCAAGCCUCCGCGGCCUCGUGGGCGGGGACGGAAAGAUGAAGUGGAGGUGAAGAGGAGCGCCGAGAGGCUAUCGACGUUCCAGAAACUGGACCGGGAGAUGGGCAGAUUUGUCAAAGCGCAGGGAGGACUGCGAAGGAACAAUGGCAUGCAAGGGUCCGAGGAGGAUAGCAGUGUGAGGGGUGUGAGACAUGGUGUGAAGUGGAAGUGGGGGUGGAUGUUUGAGCAAGACAGUCUUUACUGGGAUACGGUGCGACGACAGAAUGUGUCCGGUGGUGAGGAGGAAGAUUCAUGGCGGGCGCGGUCACAUGGGAUACUUGAUGCUGUGGAUGCGAAAGAUGGGAGCUGUGUAUAUGUCUGUGAUUCUAGCAGCGAGUUUGAAGAUGAUGGCGUUUUGCUACAUCCCUGUAACAUCGACCAUGAUUCUGCUAGCUCGGAUACGGAAUUGAAACUGCGUCGAACGCAUGCUCGUGCAAGAAAGAUGGGUGGCAGACGAAAGGAUAUGAAAUCAGAGGUUACUCGUGGCGCUGGGAAGUGUAUUCCGAGGGUCCAGAAUUAUAUGACCGACUAUGAGAAGAAUGAUUGGGAGUAUGCAACGACGAACCAAGACUGCCCUGCUGUUCUGGAGGCUAAGUGUGAAGUGUUGCAAAUGGAGAAAGACCUUGCUGAUGAAAGGUUGCGGCAUCAGAGUGCAGAAAUGGCCCAAGCUGCAGAGAUGGCGCACUGUCUGCGGUCAACAGUCCAUACUAUCCUUCAGGGAGCUAAAAGAGGUAUCGUAUCAGCUCCCUGUACGCCUGGUCGGCAUGGUGUGGAGGACAGUCCUGGUCUCCAACAAAGACUUCAGCGCGUCCAAACGUUUAAUGCGCAGCGUGAUCUUGAGGAUCAAGCCAAAAGUUUUCAGAGCAGGAUCGAAAAACUCCGACAAAGAUCUCAGCUACGAAGUGCAACCUCGUGCAUACCGAAAGGCCUUAAUCAAAAGGUGAAUAUUAGCAGCUCGUCGUCGACCACACAAGUGGUCCCAUCUGAUGGGGAAGAGUGGGCACAAGUCCAAGAAGUUUUGAAGCAAUUAAGAGGCAGGACAGGAUCCUUACAGCAGAAUUGUGAAAAUUGGGAAAAGCGGGCCUUCUUCGCUGAGGCGAAAGCUGCUUCCCUGCAGAUUGAGGAGGAGAAAUGGCGGGUGGAAGUUCAGAAAGCCAAGGAAAGAGUAGAAGACCUGGAACAGGAGCUUGUGCAAGUCAAAGCUACUCUCGAAGAAGUCAGAAAUCGCCAUGCUCUGGAGCAGAGCCGCUUGCUGGGCUCUGGCAGUAACCAUGGAUACACUUUUGUUUUGCAGCCGAUAGUCACUAAUCAUGGGAGCGCCAGAUGCAUAUGCGCCGUCUCAUCUGAUUGUGAGGGUCAUUGCCGGGACUCUGGUUUCAUCAAUCACUCAACCUGUGGUGAUCACCCUUUCGCAGCUGUUUCAAAGGAUGCCACUAUCGUUAGUGAUGAAAUAUCUGCUGAUCAUGAACCUGCAAGUGGUAUCAAUGCCAUGGCUGCACCUCAUACCCCUGUUUCUGAAGAAGAACGGAGCCAAACAAGCUCGCAAUGCAGCAGCGGUAGACACAGAUACGAAGGAGUCUUGGAAGGCGACUGGGAUGAGUCUCCAAUUAUUUCCACUAUAGAUGCUGAACAAUCCAGCGUUCACGAAACUUCGAAAUCCGAGGUGGAGAAAUCUCUGUCACAAAAGUGGUUCAAGCAAAGACCCAAGAGCAGAAGAACUGCCUGUGACGUGGGAAUCUCUGAGGGUCGUUCAACGCUUGGAAAAAGCCCCAUUACGGGCAAAAUCCAUGAAGCGGGACGGGGAUUGAGUGGGCCAAAUGCUGCUGUUCGCAGGGUGGGACCGGUGCUCGGUGGCAACAUGAAGGCGGUACCUGGCGCUUUUCUUCUCGAGAAGAGAGCACCCCUGAAAGAAAUCAAACGCAACCUUGCAACCGAAAUCGAAUGUACAUAGCUGCUUCUGGAAUGCUUUUGCGUGUGUACCAGGUUAGAGUUGACUGAAUUAUGGACACCUACCUGAGAACAGGCGAUCAUGUCAGGCUUGUAGUGAUGUUUUUUUAGUUUACAUAUCCUAACAGUAUUUGGUGCCAACGGAACUUACUGAUUGCUGUAGACUGCCGCAUCAAUCCACCAUCUAUCCAAAGACGUGGAUGCCCCAUACGUAUGAUUCAGCAUCUGUAAUGUAUAUUAUGAAUCGACGAAGGCAUUCGCAACAAAUUUGAGUUUCC